CUCAACAACAGGACGAGCCUCCCCAGCCAUGUCCGACACGAACGCAGUCGACGUCGUCGACCUCGACUUUAGCUACGCAAAGCUCCACGGCCUCGACCCGGUCCCCGUCCUCGAGGGCGUCAACCUCACCCUCGCUCGCGGCAGCCGCUGCCUCAUCAUUGGCGCAAACGGCGCAGGAAAGUCGACCCUCCUCCAGAUCCUCGCCGGCAAGCGCCUCACCCGCAGCAGCGCAAAGGUCCUCGGCGCAGAAGUCUUCUUCAACACCCCAAAGGGCGUCACUUACCUCGGCACCGAGUGGGCCACCAACCCGGUCGUGCGCUCUGACCUCGAGGUGUCGCACUUCCUUGACUCGGUCGGCGGGUACCGCUACAAGGAGAGGCGCGACAAGCUGCUCGACAUCCUUGACGUCGACCUGUCCUGGCACAUGCAUCAGGUCUCGGACGGCGAGCGUCGCCGGGUCCAGAUCGUCUCGGGCCUCAUGGCGCCGUGGGACCUUCUCCUCCUCGACGAGGUGACGGUCGACCUCGACGUGCUCGUGCGCUCGCGCCUGCUCGACUGGCUGCGGGAAGAGACCGAGACGCGCCAGGCGACGAUCGUGUACGCGACCCACAUCUUUGACGGGAUCGACUCGUGGCCGACGCACCUGAGCCACAUCCAGCUCGGGUCGACCCUGCCGCCGUCGCCCCUCGCGUGGCCCUUGUCGCCCGCCGACGCCGAGUCGCUCCUGCCCGAGUCGGUGCGCGUCCGCAUGGACGACCCGAACCGGCGCGGGAGCAAGCUUCUCGAGGUGGCCCUGCACUGGCUCGUCGAGGACCGCAAGAAGCGCGUCGAGAAGGAGAUUGCCGACCUUGGCCGCGAGAAGCGCGGCGCGCAGGAGGCCAACAUCAGCAGCGAGGCGUUCUACCGCAAGUACGACUAUUCGCACUGAAUCCGCUCUCACCUACCGCCGAAAAGCCGGGCUCGUCUCGGCCGCGUCUCGGACGAGGAGGAGGACGAGAAACGCCUCGAUCCUGUUACCCCUCCCUCGCCUUCCUCCAGCUGUACCAUGUGUAGCCCGCACGCACGCACGCGCAUUGUCCAUCUGCACUCAACUGCUUGUACUCUCG